UUUAGAAGAUAAUCUAAAGUUCUCAGUAAGCAGGUCACCAGGAAUAGGAGAGUUAUCAUCUUUAACAUGGACCAAGUUCAAAAGUGCGGGAAUUUGCGGACAUUACUGAUCUUGUUUUGUACUUUUAUGCCAGUUUCAUGCGGUCUAUGGAGCCAGUCCAAUUGUCCACCGGGAAGAGAAACCAUUGUCCAUCUCUUUGAAUGGAAAUGGAAGGACGUGGCUACAGAAUGUGAACGAAUUCUGGCUCCAGCGGGCUUCUGUGGGGUACAGAUAUCUCCUCCCCAUGAGAAUAGAAUCAUCAAACUUCCUUCCCGCCCAUGGUUUGAGCGUUACCAGCCCGUAUCCUACAAACUGGUGACAAGGAGCGGCAACGAACAGGAGUUCAGAGAUAUGGUAGAGCGGUGCAAUAAAGCUGGCAUCAGGAUAUACGCAGACGUGACCCUGAAUCACAUGGCGAAGGCGGGUUCCAGUGGACUCGGUACAGCCGGAUCUUAUUAUAGCGACCCCCUGUAUCCCGAAGUUCAGUUCUCCGAAUCAGACUUUAACAGCGCACAAAACUGUUCAUCCAAGGAUCUUACAGUACACAACUAUACAAACAAAGCAGAAGUUCGAAAUUGCAGACUACAAGCACUGAACGAUUUGAAAGUAUUCUCUAAGCACGUUCAAGAAACUCAUGUAAAGUUUUUAAAUAAGCUUAUAGACAUUGGAGUGGCAGGUUUUAGAAUCGAUGCUGCUAAGCACAUGUGGCCCUCUGAACUUGAGCGAUUGUACGUAAAACUACAUCAUCUAAAUAUAAAAUAUUUUCCUUUUGACACGCGCCCUUUUAUUCUUCACGAGGAUUUGGUAAUAGACACCGUAGGAUUAUCUAGUGAUAUUCCAGAAUAUUCUAGACUAGCCAAGGUCACUAACUACGACUAUGGAUACUUCCUUGCAAGGGUAUUUCUAAGUCACAAAGAAAAUCUAAGAGUGCUAACAGAUUUAGAGUUAAGACCCGGAUGGCCAGUAUCUGACGAUGCCUUGGUUUUCAUUGAUGACAGUGCGAGUCAGCGUGGCUACGGAAAAGAGAAAGUAUUAUCCAAUUUUGACAAUGCCCGUUUGUAUAAGAUGGCAAAUGUUUUCAUGCUUGCGCAUCCGUAUGGGAUGGCAAGAGUAAUGAGUAGUUACUAUUGGCCAAAGACAGUGGUGGACGGAAGGGACGUUUACUCCUGGAUGGGUCCACCAGCUGAUUCAAACAUGACCACCUUGGGCGCCUUCUACGAGAACAGCAUAGAUUGUCAAAAUGGAUGGAUUUGCGAACAUCGUUGGAGACCAAUAAUGAACAUGGUAGGUUUCCGAAAUACCGUAGGUCGUGCCAGAAUGGCGAACUGGUGGAGUAACAAUCAAAGACAGUUUGCUUUUGCCAGACAAGGCAGAGGAUUCGUCGCCGUAAACGCGGGAAAUUCCGAGCUAUCCGAAAGGCUGCUCACUGGUUUACCAAGUGGGACAUAUUGUGACAUCAUAUCCGGUGGCGUUGUGAAUGAUAAAUGUACUGGAAAGAUGGUAAAAGUAAAUAACCUUGGACAAGCAAGUUUCAUCAUACAUUCUCGAGAACAGGAACCAAUGAUUGCGUUACAUAUUGAUGCAAGGUUAGGAAGCCCAAGAGAACAAACCUCAAGCGAGACUGGUUCAUUCUCGGGAAUCCUCGGGAAGAGACGUUAAUUUCAUCGGCGCACUGAUGUGUUAAAUGGAACUGAAUACUCCUCCUGGUGUUUGCUGUAUUUAUUUUUAAAUGUUUACAUAUAUCAUUGAAACAAACACAUCCUACAGGGUGUAAGGACGAAUAGUAAUUGAAGGUGGGACAAUAUUUGUCUUACCU